AUGCUGGCGAAGCCUGGGUCUCCGCUGGCCAAACUCACGCCGCUCCCGGUGACGGCGGUGGUUCCGCGGGAGCUGGCGGGGAUGGAGCGCCGGGCCGCGUGGCAUGUGCAGCUUGUGGUGUUCGUGGUAUACGUGGUGUAUGCGACUCUCGGGACCCGCAUUGGGCAAGAGUGCGCUUCAGGAGAUUCAGCUCGCAAGAAUUCUGAAUCUGACCCUGAGGACUUUUCAGAUGAGACCCACACGGAGAACCUGUACGGCACCUCUCCUCCCAGCACACCUCGACAGAUGAAGCGCAUGUCAGCCAAGCACCAAAGGAACAACGUAGGAAGGCCUGCCAGCCGAUCCAAUGUGAAAGAUAAAAUGAACACACCAAGCCAGUCUCCACACAAAGACACUGGAAAGGCCGUGGAGAGUGUGGAAGAACACAGCUAUAAGCAGGAGAAGAAGAUCCGCGCGGCUCUCAGGACAACAGAGCGUGACCACAAGAAGCACGUGCAGUGCUCGUUCGUGCUGGACUCGGUCGGUGGGUCUCUGCCCAAAAAGUCCAUUCCAGACGUGGACCUCAAUAAGCCUUACCUCAGCCUCGGCGGCAGCAACACUAAGCUUCCGGUGUCGGUGCCCUUGCCCAUCCCCAGGGCCGCGCGCCAGACCUCGCGCACCGACUGCCCGGCAGACCGCCUCAAGUUCUUUGAGACCUUACGACUUCUGCUCAAGCUUACCUCAGUCUCGAAGAAGAAGGACAGGGAGCAGAGAGGACAGGAGAACACGUCCGCCUUCUGGUUGAACCGCUCGAACGAGCUCAUCUGGCUGGAGCUGCAGGCCUGGCACGCCGGGCGCACCAUCAACGACCAGGACCUCUUUCUGUACACAGCCCGUCAGGCCAUCCCAGACAUCAUCAACGAGAUCCUGACCUUCAAGGUUAACUACGGGAGCUUUGCCUUUGUUAGAAACGGAGCUAGUUUUAAUGGUACUGCAGGAGAAGGGCCGUGCGAGGCCCCUCACGGAGCGAGGAGCCUGGGCCACACCACCUAUCACGAGCACCUCCAUCGCCAGAGGGUGUCCUUCGAGCAGGUGAAACGCAUUAUGGAGCUGCUGGAGUACAUAGAAGCACUUUACCCGUCGUUGCAGGCGCUUCAGAAAGACUAUGAAAAGUAUGCUGCGAAAGACUUCCAGGACAGGGUGCAGGCGCUCUGUCUGUGGCUGAACAUCACGAAAGACUUAAAUCAGAAGCUAAGGAUUAUGGGGACUGUUUUGGGCAUCAAGAAUCUGUCAGACAUUGGCUGGCCAGUGUUUGAGAUCCCUUCUCCGCGGCCAUCCAAAGGCCACGAUCCCGAGGAUGAGCGCGAUGACGCCGGAGGGGGGCUGCGCGCGCUGGGGAGCAGCUCGGAGGAGAGCGAGGAGGAGCCAGGGGCCAGGCAGCCGGGCGAGGGCAGCUUCAGCUUCCCCUUGCAGGACUGCAGGUCUCAGAAGCCGGAGAGGCUUGAAUCUGAGGACGAGUCUGUCGGCUGGGGAGCGCCAGACUGUGGUUCAGAAGCAGGCCUUAGCAGACAUUGUCUGACUUCUAUUUAUAGACCCUUUGUAGACAAAGCACUGAAGCAGAUGGGGUUGAGAAAGUUAAUUUUAAGACUCCACAAGCUGAUGGACGGUUCCUUGCAAAGGGCACGCAUUGCCCUGGUGAAGAGUGACCAACCCCUGGAGUUUCCCGAAUUCCCGGAUCCCAUGUGGGGUUCUGAUUAUGUGCACUUGUCCAGGACACCCCUUCCCUCGGAGCAGAAGUGCAGCACCGUGUGCUGGGGCGAGCUGACGGCCAUGGACUUGCCCUCCUUCGAGCCAGCCUUCCUGGUCCUCUGCCGGGUCCUCCUUCACGUUAUCCACGAGUGUCUCAAGCUGCGGCUGGAGCAGAGGCCUGCUGGAGAGCCGUCUCUUUUGAGUAUUAAGCAGCUGGUGAGAGAGUGCAAGGAGGUGCUGAAGGGCGGCCUGCUGAUGAAGCAGUACUACCAGUUCAUGCUGCGCGGGGGCCCGCAGGGCCUGGAGGGGGCCGACUGCAGCAUCGACGCCUUCCAGGAGGACCUGCACAAGAUGCUGAUGGUGUAUUUUGAUUACAUGAGAAGCUGGAUCCAAAUGCUACAGCAAUUACCUCAAGCCUCCCAUAGUUUAAAAAAUCUGUUAGAAGAAGAAUGGAAUUUCACCAAAGAAAUAACCCAUUACAUCCGGGGCGGAGAAGCUCAGGCCGGAAAGCUUUUCUGCGACAUUGCAGGAAUGCUGCUCAAGUCCACGGGAAGCUUCCUGGAGUCUGGCCUGCAGGAGAGCUGCGCCGACUUUUGGACCAGCGCUGACGACAGCAGCGCCUCCGACGAGAUCAGGAGGUCGGUCAUUGAGAUUAGCCGCGCCCUGAAGGAGCUCUUCCAUGAGGCCAGGGAGAGGGCCUCGAAGGCGCUGGGGUUUGCCAAGAUGUUGAGAAAGGACCUGGAGACUGCGGCCGAGUUCACGCUCUCGGCCCCCGUCAGCACGCUGCUGGAGGCUCUGAAGUCAAGGCAGUACGUCAAGGUACAGAUUCCUGGCUUGGAAAACGUGCACGUGUUUGUUCCAGACAUUCUUGCUGAGGAGAAGAGUAUUAUUUUGCAGUUACUCAAUGCAGCUGCCGGCAAGGACUGCUCAAAAGAUUCGGAUGACGUACUCCUCGACGCCUACCUGCUUCUGACCAAGCACAGUGACCGCACGCGGGACUCAGGCGACGGCUGGGCCGCCUGGGACGCUCAGCUGGUGAAAAUUGUGCCUCAGGUGGAGACGGUGGAUACUCUGAGGAGCAUGCAGGUGGAGAAUCUUUUACUAGUUGUCAUGCAGUCCGCCCACCUCGUCAGCCAGAGAAAGGCCUUCCAGCAGUCCAUCGAGGGCCUCAUGACCCUGCGCCAGGAGCAGACGUCCAGUCAGCCCGUCAUUGCCAAGGCUCUGCAGCAGCUGAAGAACGAUGCCUUGGAGCUCUGCAACAGAAUAAGCGAUGCCAUAGACCGAGUGGACCACAUGUUCACUUCGGAAUUUGAUGAUGAAGUUGAUGAAUCUGAAUCCGUCACCUUGCAACAGUACUACCGAGAGGCAAUGAUUCAGGGGUACAACUUUGGGUUUGAGUAUCACAAAGAAGUCGUUCGCUUGAUGUCUGGAGAGUUCAGGCAGAAGAUUGGCGACAGGUACAUCAGCUUUGCCCGCAAGUGGAUGAAUUACGUGCUGACCAAGUGCGAGAGUGGCCGGGGCACGAGACCCAGGUGGGCGACUCAAGGCUUUGACUUCCUGCAAGCCAUCGAGCCGGCCUUUAUUUCCGCCUUGCCAGAAGAUGACUUCUUGAGUCUGCAGGCCUUGAUGAACGAGUGCAUUGGUCACGUGAUCGGGAAGCCACACAGCCCUGUUACAGCUAUUCACCGGAACAGCCCCCGUCCUGUGAAGGUGCCCCGGUGCCACAGUGACCCUCCUAACCCACAUCUGAUUAUCCCUACUCCAGAGGGGUUCAGCACUCGGAGCGCGCCCGCGGACCCCCGGAGCCAUGGCAGCCCCGCGCCCGGUCGCCCCGGCCCCUCAGGCAGUGACUCUGCGCCACCCAAACCCAUCAGCAGUGCCCAUGACACCAGGGGUUCCAGCGUGCCUGAGAACGACCGCCUGGCGUCCAUCGCGGCUGAGCUGCAGUUCCGGUCCCUCAGCCGUCACUCCAGCCCCACCGAGGAGCGAGACGAACCAGCGUAUCCAAAAGGCGACUCCGGUGGGUCAGCCCGGAGAAGCUGGGAGCUUCGGACGCUUAUCAGCCAGACUAAGGAUACGGCUUCAAAACAGGGACCCAUAGAAGCUAUCCAGAAGUCGGUCCGGUUGUUUGAAGAAAAGAGGUAUCGAGAAAUGAGGAGGAAGAACAUCAUCGGCCAAGUCUGCGACACCCCUAAGUCUUACGAUAACGUCAUGCAUGUCGGCUUAAGGAAGGUGACCUUCAAGUGGCAAAGAGGAAACAAAAUCGGGGAAGGGCAGUACGGGAAGGUGUACACCUGUAUCAGCGUCGACACCGGCGACCUCAUGGCCAUGAAGGAGAUUCGGUUUCAGCCUAAUGACCAUAAAACCAUCAAGGAAACUGCAGACGAACUGAAAAUAUUUGAAGGCAUCAAGCAUCCCAAUCUGGUUCGGUAUUUCGGCGUGGAGCUGCACAGAAGCACAGUAACUUUGCCUAAUUAUCAGGAACUCUCCAUGACUUACAUCAUUUCUGCCUUCUCUCUGAAACUAGAGGAGUUCUUCCUAACAUGUAAGUUGUAGACGGUAGUCACAGACCUGACAUUACGAGCUCUGAAACCCACCCUGCAGCCAGACGGCGCUUCCGGAGCCCCAGCGGCCGUCCUUUUUGCUCCCACGCUGGCGGGGUCCCUGUGCACCCCGGGAGCUGCUGCGGAGACCUCAGUCCACGCCUGAUGUCAGAAAUAGGCUCUGUGAGGGAAGCAGGACAGGACACCUUGGAGCGUCUUGGUGGCGUGUGAGCUUCCAGGCUGUCAGUGACUUUCAUGCUUCGCUCCUCAGGUCACGCGGAAAAGGAUGGUUUCAGUACUUACUAGCGCGUUUCCAGGGCAGCGCGCCGGCCCCGGCUGGGCUCGCUUGCGGGCUCCGCUGGCCGCCCGC